AUGGCUGGUCGCCCCGGUCCACCUCGCAGCCAUGAGGGCAUCUACGUUUCCCGCUCGCCUUCUUCUGAUCCCCACGAUCCCUUCAGCAACGGGCAAGCGGCGGACGCACAGAGGUACUACGAUAACGACUCUGACAACUAUGGCCGUCGCGACACCUACAUGUCAGACGGCAGCAAUACUGGUCUGAAUGAGGAGGAUCGCUAUUACGACAAUAAUGGUUACGAUGCGUACACGCAACCCGAUACCGAUUCGGAGGUUGAUGUGUACGGCCAGAAAUAUGCACCCUCUGCCGAAUCGCUGGGCCCCCCUCGCAUGGGUCUUUCAGAAGCAUCUACUCCCACUUUUGUCGACCAGAAUGGCGGUCCUCCAGGCUCACGCGAGCCGUACCCUGCGUGGACAUCGGAAAGACAAAUUCCCUUGUCGAAGGAGGAGAUUGAGGACAUUUUUCUCGACCUGACCCAGAAGUUCGGCUUCCAACGAGACUCCAUGCGCAACAUGUUCGACUUCACCAUGCAGCUGCUGGACAGUCGUGCCUCCCGCAUGUCGCCAAAUCAAGCCCUUCUCACGCUGCACGCAGACUACAUCGGUGGUCAGCAUGCCAACUACCGCAAGUGGUACUUCGCUGCGCAGCUUGACCUCGACGAUGCAGUCGGGCACACACAAAAUCCUGGUCUGCAACGCCUGAAGUCGACGAAACGUGGUGGCCAUAGGAACAAUUCAGAGAAGUCGCUUAAUAGUGCGAUGGACCGAUGGCGGCAGGCGAUGAACAACAUGAGCCAGUAUGAUCGCAUGCGCCAGAUCGCGCUCUUUCUGCUGUGCUGGGGAGAAGCCGCACAGGUGCGGUUCGUGCCCGAGUGUCUCUGCUUCAUCUUCAAGUGUGCGGAUGAUUAUUAUCGGUCGCCGGAGUGUCAGAACAAGAUCGAUCCGGUGCCUGAGAGCUUGUACCUUCGUACCAUCGUCAAGCCUUUGUAUACGUUCAUUCGGGACCAGGGAUAUGAGGUAGUCGAUGGGAAGUUCGUCCGCCGGGAGAAGGAUCACGAGAGCAUCAUCGGUUAUGACGACGUCAAUCAGCUCUUCUGGUACCCGGAGGGCAUUGCUCGUAUUGUACUAACCGACAAGACUCGGUUGGUUGAUCUGCCGCCCGCGCAACGAUUCAUGAAGUUUGAGCGAAUCGACUGGAACCGUGUGUUCUUCAAGACGUACUACGAGAAGCGAUCGUUUGGACACCUGUUGGUCAACUUCAAUCGGAUCUGGGUCAUUCACAUCGCCAUGUACUGGUUCUAUACGGCGUACAACUCGCCGACCAUCUAUAAUGGGCAGAACUCUUCAGCGAUGAGAUGGAGUGCGACAGCUCUCGGUGGUGCGGUUGCGACAAUAAUUAUGAUUGCCGCUACACUGGCCGAAUUCUCGUACAUCCCCACCACCUGGAACAACACUUCUCACCUUACCCGGCGUUUACUUUUCCUCAUCGUCACGUUGGCUCUCACGGGUGGGCCGACAAUCUAUGUCGCGAUCGCAGAGAACUCGUCACCUGGCGGGUCGUUGGCGCUCAUCCUCGGUAUUGUCCAGUUCUUCAUCUCUGUCGUCGCCACUCUCCUCUUCGCCAUUGUCCCAUCAGGUCGUAUGUUCGGUGAUAGAGUUGCCGGCAAGUCGCGGAAGUACCUCGCCAGCCAGACCUUCACGGCGAGCUACCCGUCCCUUAAGGCUACCGCGCGCCUCGCUUCCGUGGCACUCUGGUUUCUCGUCUUCGGCUGCAAGUUCACCGAGUCGUACUUCUUCCUCACGCUAUCGUUCCAGGGUCCGAUCCGCGUUAUGGUGGGUAUGAAAAUCCAGAAUUGCGGCGAUAAAUAUUUCGGCAAUGCUCUCUGUCGGAAUCAGGCCGCGUUCGCUCUCACGAUCAUGUACAUCAUGGACCUGGUGCUGUUCUUCCUGGAUACGUUCUUGUGGUGGAUUAUCUGGAACACGGUGGCCAGCAUCGCGCGCUCGUUCUACCUUGGAUUAUCGAUCUGGACCCCAUGGAAAGACAUCUACACUCGUUUGCCCAAGCGCAUCUAUGCGAAGUUGCUCGCUACUGCCGAUAUGGAAGCGAAGUAUAAGCCCAAGGUCUUGGUCUCGCAAAUCUGGAACGCGAUCAUUAUUUCCAUGUACCGCGAGCACUUGCUCUCCAUUGACCAUGUCCAGAAGUUGCUAUAUCAUCAGGUAGACGUUGGCCAAGACGGCCGCCGCAGCCUGCGUGCUCCCCCGUUCUUUAUUUCACAGAGCGACAAGGGGUUCAAGGGCGAGUUCUUCACGCCCGGAAGCGAGGCGGAGCGCCGAAUUUCGUUCUUCGCUCAAUCACUCACAACUGCUGUUCCGGAGCCUCUACCUGUCGAUGCUAUGCCCACGUUCACCGUCCUGACGCCUCAUUAUAGCGAGAAGAUCCUUCUUUCAUUGAGAGAGAUCAUUCGCGAAGAGGAUCAGAAUACCCGAGUUACUCUCUUGGAAUACCUCAAACAGCUGCACCCCGUCGAAUGGGACAAUUUCGUCAAGGAUACCAAGAUCCUCGCCGAGGAGUCAACCAUGUACAACGGCCCGAACCCCUUCGGUUCCGACGAGAAGGGUCAGUCAAAGACCGAUGAUCUGCCUUUCUAUUGCAUUGGUUUCAAGAGUGCCGCCCCCGAAUUCACUCUGCGGACACGUAUUUGGGCGUCUCUCCGUGCACAGACCCUCUACCGUACCGUGUCUGGCAUGAUGAACUACUCUAAAGCGAUUAAGCUACUCUACCGUGUCGAGAACCCCGAGGUCGUUCAGCUCUUCGGCGGCAACACAGACAAGCUGGAGCGCGAACUGGAACGCAUGGCUCGUCGCAAAUUCAAAUUCGUCGUUUCGAUGCAGCGUUACUCCAAGUUCAACCGCGAGGAGCAAGAGAACGCCGAGUUUCUCCUUCGCGCUUAUCCUGAUCUCCAGAUCGCCUACCUUGAGGAGGAGCCCGCACGCAAGGAAGGUGGCGAAGUCCGACUAUUCUCUGCGCUCAUCGAUGGUCAUUCCGAGUUUAUCCCUGAGACGGGACGUCGUCGCCCCAAGUUCCGCAUUGAGCUCCCUGGUAACCCAAUUCUCGGCGACGGCAAGUCGGACAACCAGAACCACGCGAUCAUCUUCUAUCGUGGCGAAUACCUGCAGCUCAUCGAUGCCAACCAGGAUAACUACCUGGAGGAGUGUCUGAAGAUCCGCAACGUGCUUGGCGAGUUCGAAGAGUACGCCGUCUCCAGCCAGAGCCCUUACGCUCAGUGGGGUCACAAGGAAUUCAAGAAGAACCCCGUCGCUAUUGUUGGUGCGCGCGAGUACAUCUUCUCCGAGAACAUCGGUAUUCUGGGUGAUUUGGCGGCUGGCAAGGAACAGACAUUCGGUACGCUCACGGCGCGCUCGCUGGCAUGGAUUGGGGGCAAGCUUCACUAUGGCCACCCCGAUUUCCUCAACGCGAUCUACAUGAACACGCGCGGUGGUGUCUCCAAGGCGCAGAAGGGUCUGCACUUGAACGAGGAUAUCUAUGCUGGUAUGACCGCGUUUGGCCGCGGUGGACGAAUCAAACAUACGGAGUACUAUCAGUGCGGAAAAGGUCGCGACCUUGGGUUCGGCACCAUUCUGAACUUCCAGACGAAGAUCGGUACCGGUAUGGGCGAACAGAUGCUCAGUCGCGAGUACUACUACCUCGGGACUCAGCUCCCUAUCGACCGCUUCCUCACGUUCUACUACGGCCACCCCGGUUUCCACAUCCAUAACAUGCUCGUCAUCCUCUCGGUGCAGAUCUUCAUCACGACAAUGGUGUACUUGGGAACGCUCAAGGGCCAACUCACAUUGUGCCAGUACACUUCAAAUGGUGUUUCUCUCGGUCCUACAGGAUGCUAUAACCUCCAACCUGUGUUCCAGUGGAUCAAUCGCUGUAUCAUCAGUAUCUUUUUAGUGUUCCUGAUCGCGUACCUGCCACUUUUCUUGCAAGAACUGGUCGAGCGCGGAACUAUAAAAGCCAUCCUCCGUCUGACGAAGCACUUCAGCUCAGCAUCGCCUGCCUUCGAGGUCUUUUCAACGCGUAUCUCUUCCCAUUCCAUCGCCACCAAUUUAACGUUUGGUGGCGCUCGGUACAUCGCGACAGGCCGUGGUUUUGCUACUACGAGGAUCUCCUUCAGCAUUCUCUACUCACGUUUCGCUGGCCCUAGUAUAUAUCUUGGCAUGAGGACGCUCGUGAUGCUACUCUAUGUCACACUGACGUUGUGGACCGGUUGGAUUAUCUACUUCUGGUUCUCCACCCUGUCUCUUUGUAUCUCGCCAUUCUUGUUCAACCCGCAUCAAUUCUCGUUCGCCGAUUUCAUUGUGGACUAUAGGGAGUUCCUGCGUUGGAUGAAUCGCGGUAACUCGCGAGUGCACCAGAACUCGUGGAUCGGUUACUGCCGUCUUUCACGUACCAUGAUCACUGGGUACAAGAAGAAGAAACUCGGACACCCUUCAGAGAAGCUCUCGGGCGACGUUCCCCGGGCAGGUUGGCGCGCUGUGAUGUUUUCGGAGAUCAUCUUCCCCACCGUUAUGGCUGUCCUGAUGGUGGUUGCCUACAUCUUUGUCAAGUCUUUCCCCGUCGACGCGAGAAAAGAGCCACCAAACGCUCUUAUUCGUAUCGCGAUUGUGUCCAUCGGACCAAUUUUGUGGAAUGCGGCUAUCCUCUUUUUACUAUUCCUGGUAUCCUUGUUCCUGGGCCCACUGCUGGACACGCCCUACCCGAAGUUCGGUUCGUUCAUGGCCUUCCUUGCUCACUCGUUGGGUGUCAUCGGCACGAUUGGUUUCUUUGAGUUCCUGUGGUUCCUUGAGUUAUGGAACGUUCCUCACGCAGUGCUGGGUCUCAUCGCCGUCAUCUACAUUCAACGAGCGAUCAACAAGGUGCUCAUUGCGGUCUUCCUGUCUCGGGAAUUCAAGCACGACGAGACGAACCGCGCCUGGUGGACAGGAAAAUGGUACGGUCGCGGUCUGGGCUCGCACGCUAUGUCCCAACCAGCGCGCGAGUUCAUCGUGAAGAUCAUCGAGCUUUCGCUCUGGAGUUCAGAUUUCCUCACUGGUCACUUCCUGCUGUUCAUUUUGACCCCACCAAUCCUCAUACCUUACAUUGAUCGCGCUCAUUCCAUGAUGCUGUUCUGGUUACGUCCUUCGAAACAAAUUCGUGCACCUCUGUACUCUAUCAAACAGAAGCGGCAGCGCCGCUGGAUCGUCAUCAAAUACGGCACCGUCUACGUCCUAUCCAUUGCUUGCUUUGCUGCCCUGAUUGCUCUUCCUCUCGUAUUACGAGACGAGCUGCACUUCACGUGCGGCAUCUGCCAGACGAUCUAG